UUGACUCGCGCAUCAGAAGAGUUCAGACUUUUUCAUAAAAGUAAUAGGAAGAUUUCAGCUAAAACCACGUGCUCGUUAGACAUUACGUUUAUUGAAUUAUUGAAUGAUCGUAAUAUCAACAUUUAGUGCAGUAUCAAUCUAAAAGCGCACUCUGUAUUUAUUAUAAAUAGCAUUGAAAAAAGCUUUUUCACAAAAACAUGGCUUCAGUUAUUCGAGUUAAACGCAAGCGUGGAGAAGAAAAGUUAGACGCUUUAAAAAUUCUGUGUAAAAAACGAAGAACAAACGGUGAAGAAGCAGCUGCGUUGGAAACUGAAACUGCAAUAUUCACCUUUGCUGGCACUGUAGAAGAUAAACAUGAUGACGUUGUAGUUAAUAGAAUUCAAUCUACAAAGGAAGAAUUGCAAUCACAGUAUAAAAAACACACCGUUGAUAUUGUCAAGAAAGUUAAAGAACAAACGAAACAAAAAUCAUGCCAAAAUCGGUAUAAAGUAGUCAAUAGUCUGCGACAGUUAGAUAAAACAGGAGAUGAAGAAUCAGAAUUUAACAUUGUAGACAUGGAAGAUGUCAACGCACAUUCUGAUGAUUCAAAUGUGAAUUAUGAAUAUGAUUUGUAUUAUAUUAAUAAUGCUGAUUUAGUAAUAGAUGAUAGCACAACAGUUUUAGAAGAAGUGACCUAUAAUUAUGAAGAAACUUAUAGAAAUGAAGAAAAUGACUAUGACUCUGAUGAUUCUAAUUCUGAAACAAAUGCUAAAAAUGAUUAUGGAGACUCGGAUAAUGCUGUUAACGAUUCUGAUGAAGAAGAAGGAUUGGAAAAAAUAAUCAAGUCUUUGCACAUCAAGAGUAAUAGUGAUUCAUCAUCUUCUGAUGAAGAUUUAAUUUAUGGAUUGGACGAUUAUUCAGAUAAAUAUGCAAAAUAUGGUUGUUCUGGUGUUAAAUCUAAAAAAAAGUCCAUUAAAAUUUCUAGUGAUAACAGUGAUUCAACUGACGAUAGUGAAGAAGAAUUAAGUGACUUUGAAUAUUUUGAUGACGAUGAUGAUGAUGAUAAAGAUGAUUUACUUGAUUAUUAUUGAGCAAAAUUACCACGUUUUAUGGUGUAGAGCUAGCAUAAAUCUAGUUAAGCUACAUCAAAGUACAAUAUAACUGUGAUAAGUGGUGUCUAUUGAUACAUAGAUAGCAAUGUAUAUAGCUAAGUUACAUUUAAAAUGUAAAUAUUUUAUAAAAUACAUACACUAAAUAAAUUUUAAUAAAUACCUUGGGUAUUUUGGAACUCUACAA